GCUCAAUUAACUGCGGAUUGGAGUUGUGGAAGCCGAAGCAAAAUGUCGACUUUCGCAACGAAAGCGCUCACUCACGCUCAAGAAGUCUGCCGGCUUUACAGGGCAUGUAUGAGAAGGAUUAUAAGGGAUAAUCAUAAUAGGCUUGACAUGCGCUAUAAAUGUGUUGUACUAAGAGCAAUGUUUGAGGAGACCAGGAAUAUAAAGGAUCAGGAGACUGCAGUUAACUUACUCAGGAAAUGGCAACUUUAUCUUUUAGAGUUAGAUGGGCAUCCAGAAAGAGGAUUCCCUGCAGAACCCGGUGGCACAUAUUACAACAAUGAUGAACAUCUUUUGUCGCCCGAUUUUUUGCUGGAUGAAUGGGCAGAAGAGGAGAAGGCGGCAUACCCAAAGUAUUUUGCUAAACGAGAGCAAUUGAAGAAGGAUGUUUUAGAAUACUGGGAAAAUAAAUAUGGAACCAGCGUUAAAGAAUAUGCAAAGUAAAACUUAUGAAGAGCAGAUGAAACUGGCUUUUGGUGCACUACCCGAUACAUAACAUGGCCUUUAAUCUAAACCAUCCACCGUUUUAUUGAGUUGGAUUGGUUUUACAGAUGAAUUGCAGUGACAAGUACAGGAGUGCAUAAAGAAGAUGAAAAACUCAUCUUUUAACAUAGUUGAUUGCAAUUUAUACGUAUGCACGUCGAGUUACUCCUUAGUAAGGUUUUUAAAGAUUUGGUUUCUAUCACUUGGAAGGCACUCACAGGUGGAAUGAGAUGAAGAGCUAAGUUGAAAAAGAAUGUGUUGAAAAAUUUGCUACUAAGCCUUGCUUGUUUCAGUUGUUAGUUGUUCAAAACAAAGUUGGUGUUUUAGGUGUAAAUAAAAAUGGAGGACAAAAAACACUAGUUAAA